CGUGACCGUCAAUGGGUUGCACAUGCCCAACCCGUUUGUUAUCGGGUCGGGUCCGCCGGGAACUAACUAUACGGUUAUGAAGAGGGCAUUUGACGAAGGUUGGGGGGCUGUGAUUGCCAAAACUGUGUCACUAGAUGCAGCAAAAGUUAUAAAUGUAACUCCUCGAUAUGCCCGGCUACGAGCGGAUUCGAAUGGGUCUGCGAAAGGACAGAUUAUCGGGUGGGAGAACAUCGAGUUGAUAAGUGAUAGGCCUCUUGAAACUAUGUUGAAAGAAUUCAAGCAAUUAAAAGAGGAGUAUCCUGAUAGGAUUCUCAUUGCUUCAAUAAUGGAGGAGUAUGAUAAAGCUGCUUGGGAAGAACUUAUCGAUCGAGUUGAACAAACUGGAGUUGAUGCAUUUGAAAUCAAUUUUUCGUGCCCUCAUGGCAUGCCCGAACGUAGGAUGGGCGCUGCAGUUGGACAAGAUUGUGCGCUUCUGGAAGAGGUUUGUGGAUGGAUAAAUGCAAAAGCUACAAUCCCUGUUUGGGCAAAAAUGACUCCCAAUAUCACUGACAUUUCACAGCCUGCAAGGGUGGCUCUGAAAUCAGGAUGUGAGGGAAUAGCGGCCAUCAACACAAUCAUGAGUGUAAUGGGAAUCGAUCUCAAGACCUUACGUCCCGAGCCUUGUGUUGAGGGGUACUCAACUCCAGGAGGCUACUCCUCCAAGGCAGUUCAUCCUAUUGCUCUUGGUAAAGUGUUGAGUAUUGCAAAGAUGAUGAAGUCAGAAUUUAAUGAUGCAGACUACUCUCUUUCUGGCAUUGGCGGUGUUGAAACCGGUGGAGACGCUGCCGAGUUCAUUCUACUCGGAGCGGACACCGUUCAGGUGUGUACAGGAGUGAUGAUGCAUGGAUAUGGCCUUGUAAAGAAACUUUGUGCCGAGCUCAAGGACUUCAUGAGACUUCACAACUUCUCAUCCAUUGAAGAUUUCAGAGGGGCCUCUCUUCCAUAUUUCACGACCCACACGGAUUUGGUUCGGAGGCAGCGGGAAGCAAUCGAGCAGAGGAAAGCUGUGAAGAAAGGUCUGCAGUCUGAUAAAGAUUGGACUGGCGAUGGCUUUGUUAAAGAGACUGAGAGUAUGGUUUCCAACUGAAAGUCUAAUACAGACCAAGCCAUUGCCUUGCCAAUAGAAACAACAAAAAUGGUGCCUUUUAUAUCUCACUACAGUUUCUUUCUCCUGAUGAAUAAGUGUAUUCUUACGUGAACUAUUUAAUUUCAUAUUAUAAACUUUUGUAGAUUGGAUUUCAUGAAUCACAAUAACAGAGAUUUGUUUCAGUCCAAAA